GAGGAACUCUUUUCAUGCAAGUAGUGAACGCACAACAGGAUGUAGGCAUUUGUGUAAAAGAUCUUGCAGGGGAGAGGAAGACCGUCUUACUCAUGUCAGGUGUGCUGCAAGUCGGAUUCUGCCACGCAAUAUGAGUCCCGUCUGCCAGAAAUCCAUUUUUUGCCCCAUCAACUACCUCAAUCACCUGUCAUGAAGCAGGUCCAGCAUCUACUGCAGCCCUUGAACUGCUGCUAAUUGAGCUUCAGAAAUUUAUGGACUGUGUAUUGAAUUAUUCUAUGAUUUUCCAUGACAAUAUGCUCAGCUACAGGAAUUGGAUGUCAGCUUUUGAUUGAGCAUAAAAGACUUGUCGAAGUGUGCCCGAACAAAGAUGUUUCUGGCUGGUGCUUCAAUUGCGAGCCUGGUUGCAAGCCUGCAACUCUGGGAGCCAGACACGCCUCAAUGUCCCCAAGAAUUUUGUCUUUUUUGGUGGCGACAGUGACACACUAUGACGCAUUACAACACAUGACAUCACACAUCCUGGUAAGCAGCUGCAGAAUAUGAGAACCUGGGUUUGUCCAAGAAUUGAGAUCCGCUCUCAGUAGACCGGGUUCCGAAUUCGCACAAUCUAUUAAACUAUAUGUCCCUAAGCAUGGUCUCCCUCAAAGCAGGUCAAGAUGAAGUCGCAGAAGGAGAUGGUUGCCCGAGUCUAUGCACUGCGAUUCUUCGAAGAAUGGGGUGAAGUUGACAGCAGGUCUUCCUCAGGAUUUGGUGGCGCGAAAGAGGCACAACCUAAGCCUCUUGUGGCAGAAAGAGGGCGACUAGCAGCCACCUACAGGAUCGGUAGCAACCUGCACGUCCUGCGCGCCGCAUGUCUAUCAGGCAGCUGGUCCUCGCAGACGUUGAACUUGAUUGAUCGCGCGAGAGCUAUGAGGCCGGACCUGGGACGCGCUUCCAGCCAUCUUCAGUAAAACCGGAACCCAGUCGAGUCGUGUCGUAAGCUUGGUUGUAAAGGCUUAGAGGUUCAUAGGUGAUGGAGGCGGGUUGUGGGGCUGCAGACGACUGUGCGGUAUUUUUGACCACGAAAGUGGAUGCGCAGGUCAUUCUUCGCCCUGACCGUUGCCAUGCGCAGCCAAAACAUUGCAUGAACACUGGAUGGCGAAAACAGCG